ACGCAUCCUUGUGAGACAGAGGCAGAGGGAGACCUGACACCCAGAGGAGGCAGUGUAAGGACAGGGCAGAGACACACGCCGGCCUGGCGUGAUGGGGCUCCAGGUCACCUUCCAGACAUGGGAGUCUGCAACUGCUUCGGAAAAUGCAGCGCCCGUAAGAAUGAGCCCCUGGGGCCCCCCGCAAGGUGGGCGCGGCCAGGCGGCACGACGUAGGUCAGGGGGGAUCCGGGUCAGAGCCCGCCCUGUCCCACAGCCUGGACCCUUGAGAGCAAGGAGUCGUGCUCGAUGGAGUCACAGGAACCAUAGCUGGCCAAGUGCCAAGCCUGCAGGGGCAGCGACAGGGGUGGGCACGGCCCCAGACAGCCCGAGGGUGCGGACAGAGCCACCCCGCUCCCCUCUCGCCACCCCGCCCUGGGGCAGCACGGGGCAGACUCCCAGGCAGCCCAGCUGGGGGGAAGGGUAUGAGGGGAUGCGGAAACCAUGCCCCCCCAUGCCUGAGCCCCUCCAGGACAGGAGUCUAUGGGUGUCUGAGUCCUGGGGCCCAGCAAGGAGUGGGCCUCAAGAGACCUCUGUAAAUUGGCAGUGCCAGGGCGGGGGGGGGGGGGGGGGGCGGGGCGGAGGAUGACAAUGACACACUAGGGCAAAGGCGGGGGGCGGGUGACACAACCAGAGUUGCUUCUGAGGUGGGAGGGGGUGGGCAGCUCUGGCAAGGCCCCAGGGAUGGAGCUGGGAGCAGCUCCGAGCAGGACACUCCAGGGCCAGAUGUGGGGCAGCCCCAGGUGUGAGGACAGGCAGCCGGGGCCACAGGGAGGGGGCGAGGGCGGGGGAGGGAUCCGGGGAGGACCAGGGCGGAGAAGGGCCAGCGCCCACGGGAACCAGCAGAGGAGUGGAAAAGAGGCUCAGAAUGAGGCUGAGGAGUGGUCUCGGCCCCUCCCGCGGGAGGCAGCGCCCCCCACAUCCCAGGACCCCGGGGGGGGACCUGUGUGGAGCGCACAGGCCGUGUCUGCUCUCCCGGGAAUGCUGGAACAUUCUGGAGGAGUGUGCGGUCCCCUUCCCACCCCCGAAGGGCCCCAGGCUCCCCAGACAGGGGCCCUGCCCGAAGGUGCCCUGCGGCCGGCGGAGCCCCCAGCCCGGCCCAGGCCCUCCCCCGCGCCCAGCAGUCAGGCCCUCGAGGACCCGAGCCAGGCCAGUCACCCGGCGGAGGAAACGAAGCGCCCGGCCAGCCCGGAGUCCUCGUGCACGGGAACACCUCCCAAAGGCGCCGGGCGCCCUCCGCCCGGGGGGAGCCCCGGCCGCACCCCGCGCGGAGCGGGCGCGCCGCCUCCCAGCCGCCCCGCGGGCCCGCGGGAGGGCCCCGCGCGGCCCCCCACACGUGCCGGCCGGCCUGGCGGGCCAGGGCGGGCGCGAGGCUGCGACCCCGCGGGGCCCGGCGGCUCCGGACCCGCCAGACGGCGCGCCCGCGGGCCGCACUCACCGCCGCGCUCGCUCCGCAUGCCGAUGGUGCCGCCGGUGUAGACGGCCAGGAGCCGCCGCUCGCGCCCCGCCGCGCGCGCCAUGCCCGUGACCCAGGGGACCGAGGGGACCGCGCGGCUCAGGGCGGCGGCGGGGCGCGCCGAGGGCUG